AUGGUUGAGUUGAAAUUUCGUUGUGCUGUUAAUUCACCAGUGGAUAUUAACAAUAGUGGAAAACCUGCAAAAAAGCUGAGUGAAAGUCUAUUUAUCUAUUCCUCAACUAUGCGUCAAUAUUUAUCUGCUGAUAAAGAAAAAGAAUUAAUUGAAACUGCUAAUACUCUCAUGGCUAAAGGCAAAGGUUUACUAGCUGCCGAUGAGUCUACAGCUUCAAUGUUAAAACGUUUUCAAUCGAUUGCUCUUGAAAAUAAUGAAGAAAAUCGUCGUCUUUAUCGUCAAUUAUUAUUUACCGGUUCAAAGGAUCUUGCUGAUUAUAUAUCUGGUGUUAUUUUCUUUCAUGAAACAUUCUAUCAAUGUGAUAAUAAUGGGAAACCAUUUCGAGAAAUAUUAAAAGAAAAAGGCAUCAUUCCAGGUAUUAAAGUUGAUAAAGGUCUCGUACCCUUGGCAGGUACCAAUGGAGAAAAUACAACACAAGGUCUUGAUAGUUUAAGCGAACGAUGUGCACAAUACUAUCGAGAUGGAGCGCGUUUUGCUAAAUGGCGAUGUGCGUUGAAAAUUGGCGAUGAUUUACCAUCGGAAUUAUGUAUUCGUGAAACAUCCAAUGUAUUAGCACGUUAUGCAUCUAUUUGUCAACAAAAUGGCAUUGUUCCAAUUGUUGAACCAGAAGUCUUACCAGAUGGUGAUCAUGAUUUGGGAACAUCUCAAUAUAUUACUGAAAAAGUCCUGGCUGCGACAUAUAAAGCGCUGAGUGAACAUCAUGUUUUCUUAGAAGGAACACUUUUGAAACCAAAUAUGGUUACAGCUGGAUUUGAUUGUAAGAAAAAAUAUAAACCAGAAGAUAUAGCUCGAGCAACAGUGACAGCAUUACAAAGAACCGUUCCACCUGCUGUGCCAGGCAUCUGUUUCUUAUCCGGUGGUCAAUCAGAAGAAGAAGCAUCAAUUAAUUUGAACGCAAUCAAUCAAUAUUCAGGCAAAAAACCAUGGGCAUUAACAUUCAGUUAUGGACGAGCACUUCAAGCUAGUGUUCUUACUCUAUGGACUGGCAAAUCUGAAAAUGUUUCGGCAGCACAAAAUCAACUUCUUAAACGUGCUCAAGCUCAUGGUGCUGCUGCAAAAGGUGAAUAUAAAGGUGGUGCUGGUGGUACAAUCGGUGGCCAAUCAUUAUUUGAAGCUAAUCGAAAUUAUUAA